UAAGCUCUCUCGCCGCCGCGCGCGCGCGCGCGCCGCCUUCUUCGCCCGCCCAUAAAUCCCUUACCCAGCACAGCAUCCUCCGCCUUCCUCGCGCGCUCUCGCUUCGCCAUGGCGUCGUCCGGGCGACGCCGCGACGUCCUGCUGCUGCUGCUGCUGCUGGUGCUCGUCGCGCGCGCGGCGGCGGCCGACAUGGCGGGCGACCGCGCGGCGCUGCUGGCGCUGCGGGACGCGGUGGGGGGGCGGCACCUGCCGUGGGACCCCUCGGCGCCCACGCCGUGCGGCGGCGCGUGGCGCGGCGUCGGGUGCUCCGCCUCCGGCGACCGCGUCACCGAGCUCCGGCUCCCCGGGAAGAGCCUGAGAGGAGCGGUGCCCGUGGGCACGGUCGGCAACCUCACCGCGCUGCGGACGCUGUCGCUCCGGAUGAACGCGAUAUCCGGCGGGAUCCCCGCGGACAUCGGCGGCUGCGUCCAGCUCCGGUCGCUGAACCUCUCCGGGAACCGGCUCGCCGGCGGGUUGCCGGAGGGGCUCUUCUCGCUGGCGCUGCUCGAGAAGGUGGACCUCUCCGGGAACCGCCUCACCGGCGGCGUCUCGCCGGAGUUCAGCCGGCUCGCGAGCCUGACCACGCUGAACCUCGACCGCAACGGCUUCGAUGGCACGCUCCCCGGUAACCUGACGCUGCCGAACCUCGCGCGGUUCAACGUGUCGUACAAUGGCCAGCUCGGUGGCGCCGUGCCGGCGUCGCUCGCCGGGAUGCCGGCGAGCGCCUUCCUCGGCACGUCGCUCUGCGGCGCCCCGCUCGCCCCGUGCGCCAACCCCUCGCCGACGCCGCCGUCGCCGCCCGGGGACAGCAAGGGCGGCGGAAAGCUCUCCCGUGGCGCGAUCAUCGGCAUCGUCCUCGGCGCCGUGGCCGCGCUCGUCGUCGCGCUCACCGUGGGGUUCUUGGCGUGCUUCCGGCGCCGGGCGACGGCGCCACGGAGUCGGAGCACCGCCGCCGCGGCGGCCGCCCACGACGUGGCGGAGCCCAUCACGGUGACCGUGGCGAGGACGGACAUGGACGCCGCCGUCAAGCAGUCGCACUCGCCGCCGCCGCCGGGCGAAGGCAGCACCAAGCUGGUGUUCGUCGGCGGCGCGCCGGAGCGGCCGUACGACCUGGACACGCUGCUGCGCGCGUCGGCCGAGGUGGUCGGCAAGGGCGCGGCUGGGACGACGUACCGCGCGACGCUCGACGGCGGCGAGCCGGUGCUCGCCGUGAAGCGGCUGCGCGAGGUGAGCCUCUCGGAGCGCGAGUUCCGGGACCGCGUCGCGGCCAUCGGCGCCGUCAGCCACGACAGCCUGCCGCGCCUCCUCGCCUACUUCUACAGCAGGGAGGAGAAGCUCCUCGUCUACGAGUUCGUCGUCGGCGCAGGCAGCCUCGCCGCCCUCCUCCACGGCAACGGCGAGAAGCUGGACUUCGCGGCGCGGGCGCGCAUCGCGCUGGCGGUGGCGCGCGGCGUGGCGUUCAUCCACCGCGGAGGGCCAAUCUCAUCGCACGGCGACAUCAAGUCGUCCAACGUCGUCGUCACCGCGACACGGGACGCCGCCUACGUCACCGACUACGGCCUGGCCCAGCUCGUCGGCGGCGCGGCGGCGCCGCCGACUACGAAGCGGGGCGCGGGGUACCGCGCGCCGGAGGUGGUCGACGCGCGGCGCGUGUCGCAGAGCGCCGACGUGUACAGCUUCGGCGUGCUGCUGCUCGAGCUGCUCAGCGGCCGGCCGCCGCUCGACGCGACGCCGGACGGCGGCGCCGCCGUCGACCUGCCGCGGUGGAUGCGGUCGGUGGUGCAGGAGGAGUGGACGUCGGAGGUGUUCGACGCCGCCAUCGGCAACGAGGCGCGCACCGAGGGGGAGAUGAUGCGGCUGCUGCAGCUGGGCAUGGAGUGCACCGAGCACCACCCCGACCGGCGGCCGGCCAUGGCCGAGGUGGAGGCGCGGAUCGAGCGCAUCGUCGAGGACGCGUGCCGGAACGCCGACUCCGGCAGCACGGACGGCAGCCGGAGCAUGUCGGCGUGACCGGCGGCGAGCCGGGCCGGCGUGCGGCGUCCACGGUUUCCCUCGAGUUCCCUUUCAGUAAGGAGACAUUGCCAAAUUUGUUGUUGUUCCAUUUCCUCUACUGUUCCUGGCUGCCGAUUCUGCAGUGUCAUAAGGUCACACACUGUUGACGUUGGAUUGGAUUGUUUAUUUCAUUA